AUGUCUCACCAUUUAGAAAUGGAGGCUUACUCUCAAGCACGUUUAAGGCUAGAUUCUCAAGUCAAUCUAUCACCAAGAUAUGGUAAUAGGUCUCACUAUUCUCAUGACGAAGAAUCUUCCAUUGAUGGUAGUCCAAAUAUUUCUUCUAGCGCCUUUGAAUUUGCAUCAAAUUCUCCCCGAACUCCAAAAAUUAAGUCUGGUGUCACACCAACAACCAAUGCACCAGCAACAUCGGAGGAAGUGAUUAUCGAAGAAUUUUAA